AAUAGUUUGGAGCAUCAGCGUACCUUGGAUCUGGAGCUUAAACAACAUGGCAACUGGAUCCGGAUCUCAUCUGACACAAGGGGAGGGAGAGGAUAGACAACAUUUUCCCCGUACCCACAAGUGCAGCCAAUGCGACAAGGAGUUUCCCUUCAAAAGUAAGGUCAAUCAACACCUACGUAGUCACACUGGUGAGAUCCCACACCUGUGUGGUGAAUGUGGGAAACGGUUUAAUCAUCUAGGAAAUCUGAAGGCACAUACGCGACUUCAAACUGGUGAAGAACCGUACAAGUGUGAACAUUGCAACAAAGGCUUCAAUCAGGCAAGUUAUCUGAAGAGGCACGUGCGGACUCACACAGGGGAAUCCAACAUGGCGACUGGAGCUGGAUCUCAUCUGACACAAUGGCAGCGUUCUCGCCGUACCCACAAGUGCAGCCAUUGCGACAAGGAGUUUCCCUUCAUAAGUAACCUCAACCGACACCUGCUUACACACACUGGUGAGAGACCAUAUAUGUGUGGGGAAUGCGGGAAACGGUGCAGUCAGCUGGGCGAUCUAAGGAGACACAUGGUUACUCACACAGAUGAAAGACCAUACCAGUGUGAUGAAUGUGGGGAACGGUUUAGUCGGCCAUCUAUUCUGAAGGACCACAUGACAACUCACACCGGUGAAAAACCGUACCGAUGCCAGGAGUGUAGCAAGCAGUUUAGUAGGUUGAGCUAUGUGAAGAGGCACAUGAGAAUUCACACCGGUGAAAAACCGUACAAGUGUGAUCAUUGCAACAAAUGCUUCAGCCAGCCAACAAAUUUUAAGGUUCACAUGCGGACUCACAAGGGGGAACUUCUGUACAGAUGUGAGAAGUGCAGCAAGCAGUUCAAUACGUUGUCAAAUAUAAAGAGUCACAUGCGGACUCACACGGGUGAGAAGCCGUAUAAGUGUAAGAUAUGCAGCAAGCAUUCUAGUAAUUCAAGUGAUCUUAAGAAACACAUGCGAACCCACACUGGGGAGAGACCGCACGAGUGUGAGGUGUGCUACAAGAAGUUUGGUGAGCGCGGUAGUCUAAAGAGACACAUGAAGACUCACACUGGUGGAAGCUCAUCGAUGCCUGUGUGAGGAUUGAAUCACGUGACUCACUAUUCACACAACCAAAAGUUUAUUCUAAACGCCAAUUAUGUUUUAUUGGAAUGUGUCAUUCUUUUGUCCGUGUGACAUUUGUUUUAAAUGAGUAAUAAAAUCUAAACAUGACUCUACUGUACUGUCUAUAAAAGGGUCUCAACGUUAUGGAGGAAACGUCGAUUUAUUACAUCGUCAUAAUCACCAAAUUAUGAAUAGUUGUUUUUUUUUAUUAUAGCUCGAAGAUGUUUGUGAAGAAGUGACAUUGCAAAUGUCAGUAAUUGUUGUGACAGUUAAAACUGCAUGUUUAGAUUGUUAAUCCAUCUGUCCCGAACCGGUGAAAACGUCAUGUGAAAGACGUGAAGCAGAUACUAAAGUAUCAGGUCCUCUUACAAAAGAUGGGGUACAUGUGAUAAACUGUAUGGUACCGGUUUUGAGUUGGGAGAAACAAGCACACUGUGUCAUGCAUCGAAUCUUAUAAGGAUAA